UUUCUACCGUUCCGUUCUCACCGAUCGUCUUUUUCUUGUCAGAUUUUCCGCCUCUUCGGACACUCCAGAUUUCUCUCCGCUCUCGGAACGUCCAAUAUCACCCUUGCUUCUAUAUCCCUCCGGUUUUCCAAAGUCCGAUCAAAACAGUCAGAACAAUCAGUCAACCGAGAUGGUUCGGAAUAUUGUCGUUAUUGGGGGCACCUCCCACCCCCAGUUGACUCAGACGAUCUGCAACGUCCUGGGUAUCCCCCCGGCCGACGUAUUACUUUCCAAGUUCGCAGUGGGGGAAACUCGGGUUGAAAUCAAAGAGUCUGUCCGUGAGAAAGACGUCUAUAUCAUUCAAUCUGGCGGGUUGAAAGUGAACGACUCCCUCAUGGAACUGCUCAUCACCAUUUCUGCCUGUAAGACUGCCUCUGCCAAGAGAGUCACCGCCGUCCUCCCUUUGUUCCCAUACUCUCGCCAAAGUGAUAUCCCAUACAACAAGGCUGGGGCGCCUCUUGUCAAAUCCUCCAAUGCCGGAAAGCCGGGUAAUGGCUACACUUUCGAGAGCACCCCACCAACCCCGCACCCUGGAAAGCCGGAGAGUGGAAGUCUCUUGAACAAUGUCGAUAGCCUGCAGAAGGGUUUGGCAAGGGCACAGCUUGAUGAUUACAGCAACGGCAGCCCGGUCAAGAAACGCGUUCCUAAUGGACCUCCGCGCAGCGACACCACUGACUCACUGAAGUCGGACGUUAGCCUUCGAUCCACUGUUGUCAAUGGGCAGGCGAAUGACGACAAUGUUCAGUCCAAGAUCAGCAGCUUUCAGCCUCGCCCUGGCUACAAGCAAUGGGUAGCCCAGGCAGGUACUCUGGUGGCGGAUCUUCUCACCUGCGCUGGUGCAGACCACAUUAUCACGAUGGAUCUGCACGACCCUCAAUACCAAGGAUUCUUCGACAUCCCUGUCGACAACUUGUACGGCAGACCUUUGCUCAAGAGCUACAUCCAGCAGAACAUUCCGAACUACAAACACGCGGUCAUUGUCAGUCCUGAUGCCGGAGGUGCCAAGCGAGCAACCGCGAUUGCGGAUUCUAUGGGAAUGGAAUUUGCUCUCAUUCACAAGGAACGACGCCCAACCAAGAUUACAGACCGCCAAAAUGCUACCAUGAUGUUGGUCGGUGAUGUCAAGGAUCGGACGACGAUCCUGAUUGACGACCUUGCCGACACAUCCAACACCAUCACGAGAGCUGCAAAACUGUUGAAGAAGGAGGGCGCGUCCAAGGUCUAUGCCUUGGUCACGCAUGGUAUCCUGAGCGGCGAUGCGAUCGACCGCAUCAACGCUAGCGCUCUCGACAAGGUCGUCGUUACCAACAGCGUCGAUCAAUCGGACCACUUACGCCGAUGCCCCAAACUGGAAGUCUUGGAAGUUGGUCAUGUCUUCGCAGAGGCCAUUCGCCGAGUCCACCACGGCGAGAGCAUCAGCGUACUUUUCCAAUACGACUGAACAGGGACUGCAUAUCUCACUGCUCUAUGGCGGUUAUGUCUCGCAUAUGAAAGAUAUUUCAUGAAAUUUGAAAAUUUGAACGAUGAAGCGAAGCCGCGUUUUGGGUCUUUCCGUUUUCUCUGCCUUUGCUUCUGACAUAGAUGUUGGUUUCUGCUGUCAUGUCUCCAACCUUUGCCA